AUGCCGGAGUUUCAUCUGCGUUUGCUUUUUCUCUCGCUACUCUUACUUUGUUGUGUCUCCCCUUCAAGCUUAUUCAAUAUAAAUAAUCCUGUUGGUCUUGUUGCUUGCCGUCCCCACCAGAUUAAAGCCUUUACGCAGUUCAAGAACGAGUUUGACACCCGUGGCUGCAACCAUAGUGACCCCUCUAAUAGAGUCUGGUGCGAUAACUCGACGGGUGCGGUCACGAAGCUACGACUCAGAGCCUGUCUCAGUGGAACUAUGAAGCCCAACAGUAGCCUUUUCCGGUUUUAUCAGCUCCGUUUUCUUGAUCUCUCUAACAACAACUUCACCUCCGCUUCACUCCCUUCCGAGUUUGGUAAUCUCAACAAAUUAGAGGUUCUGGGUCUUACCUCUAAUGGCUUUAUCAGCCAAUUUCAUUCCUCAUUUAACAACCUAAGCAUGCUUUCCGUUUUAGAACUUUCCUAUAAUCACUUGUCUGGAAAUCUGAAUCCCAACAGUAGCCUCUUCGAGUUGCACCACCUUAGUUUUCUUAGUCUUGCCAACAACAACUUUAGUUCCUCAAUCCCUUCCAAAUUUGGCAAUCUCAACAAAUUAGAGGUCUUAUUUCUUAGCUCCAGUGGAUUUUCUGGUCAAGUUCCUCCGACAAUUAGUAACCUAACUUGGAUAUUCGAGUUGUACAUUGAGCAAAACAAGCUUAGAGUAUCUCUUGAUCUGCGUAAAAACAAUCUCGUUGGCUCUAUUGAAGUUCCUAACUCCUCUACCUCAUCUAAACUCGAAAUCAUGUAUCUAGGGUUUAACCAUUUUGAAGGAAAACUCCUAGAGCCUAUCUCAAAACUCAUCAACCUCAAGGAGCUCGACGUUUCGUUGCUAAACACUAGCUACCCAAUUGACGUAAAUAUCUUCUCCUCUCUCAAAUCUUUGGAGAUGCUCACUCUUUUAGGAAACAAUAUAUCUCCGGAAAGUUUAAGUUCAGAUUCAAACAUCCCAUUGACCCUUAACCAGUUGGGCUUAGGGUACUGCAACAUCAGCGUGUUUCCAAAAAUCUUAAAAAAUCUUCAAUAUUUGGAGAUUAUAGACAUAUCCGCAAACAUACUCCAUGGAAACAUCCCUGAGUGGUUAUGGAGCCUUCCUCGUCUGAGGACAGUGGAUAUGUUUGAUAAUUCCUUCAGUGGUUUCGAAGGUUCACCAGAAGUUUUAAUAAAUUCAUCAGUGCAGAAUUUAUUCAUGGAUGCAAACAAUUUUGAAGGAGCACUUCCUCAACUGCCUCUCUCUAUCCAAGGGUUCAGUGCUGAAGGUAAUAAUUUUGCAGGGGAGAUACCUCUUUCAAUCUGCAAUAGAAGCUCGCUUACAAUCCUUGUUCUUAACAACAACAAGUUCACCGGUCCAAUUCCUCAAUGUCUUACCAACUUCAUUUUUGUGAAUCUCUGGAAAAACAAUCUGGAAGGAAGUAUUCCUCACGCGUUUAACGUUGGUACCUCUCUACAGACACUCGACAUUGGCUUCAAUCAAUUAACAGGAAAGCUUCCUGAUAUAGGAAAUGAGAGUAGCUGCCGCACAUGUGAAGUCAAGAUAAGAAGAAGUGGAUCACGUGCGAUGGUGAGCCGAUGGAAAUGGGAAAGCAAUGUCAAUGUAAUGGCAAACGGACAGCCGGAAACUCCCGAUCACCACUUCAAACACAAGAAAUUAGGGCUUCUCAUGAUUGAUGGUGACGACAAUCAGCUCCUUAAUGAAGAAUUUCGUGCAUCAACUGAGUAUUGUACGAUGAAUGAGGUACAUGAAGCUCCAGAAGAGAAAGCGUUGGUGGAAGAAGAACCAACUCCGCCAUUUCAGGUACCUAUUGCUAAUUCUGAGCUUUUGAGGAGUGUUGAACUUAGGGAAGUAAAUUUAGGAUUGGAAAAUCUAGAUGUGGUGAAGAACGAGAAUAUGGAGCAAGAAGGGGUUCAAAAGAGCAGUAAUAGGAGAUUUGAGGUUGCAGGUGGCGUUGAGAGAGAUGCGAAGUGUUAA